UCGGCUCGGAAUGCGCCUCGGCUCGCCCCGGGCUCACGUCCCGAUCUCGGCUUGAGUGGCCCGGGGUGGGUGACCUGAAGUUGUAGCCUCGCUGCUCUUGAGGCGGAUUAAUUAGCCCAAGAAACACUAUAUUCAUGCUUAGCUGGAGAAAAGCAGGGCUAGCAUUGGACCCCAAAGCCCAGGAUGGCAGGACAGGAUGUGGGGGCCCCACCCGAUCGCCUCUGGGUUCACCAAGAGGGUGUCUACCGCGACGAGUACCAGCGCACGUGGGUGGCCGUCCUGGAAGAGGAGACGAGCUUCCUAAGGGCCCGAGUUCAGCAAGUUCAGGUUCCUUUAGGUGAUGCAGCCAGGCCAAGCCACCUUCUCACCUCCCAGCUACCUCUCAUGUGGCAACUCUACCCCGAGGAGCGCUACAUGGACAACAACUCUCGCUUGUGGCAAAUCCAGCAUCAUUUAAUGGUCAGGGGCGUACAGGAGCUGUUGCUUAAGCUUUUGCCUGAUGAUUAACCGGGUGCUGGGAUUCUAGGAAGAGAUGCUCCACUGUUCUGUUCA